CCUCCCUGGAAAUCAUAAGCGUUGAAACCAGCAAAGACAUCCUUUCGUCUUCUAUCAGUUUCCUCUUCCACAGCUCGCUGCGAGCAACAAUAAGAAGAAAAACAAAAUCCCUAAUUCACUAAAUUUCGAAUCGGAAUCCUACCAUGGACGGCCAUACGCAAACUUCGACGUCGACGAACGCAGCUUUCUCUUUCAUAUAUAAAGGAUGGCGGGGAGUACGUGACUCUGCCGAUGCGGAUCUCCAACUCAUGCGGGCCCGAGCCAACUCCUUCAAGAACCUUGCCGACUCCUUCGAUCGAGAGCUCGAGAAUUUCUUCAAUUCAACUUCCACUUCCUUCUCAGUAAGCUCCUUCAGGUCUUCCACGCCUACGGAUAUUGAUUUCGUGAAGAAAUUGCAGCCUAAGAUUUCGGAGUUUCGGAGAGUGUACUCGGCUCCAGAGAUUAGCAAGAGGGUAUUGGAGAAAUGGGGUCCGAAGGCUAAGCUAGGGAUUGAUUUAUCCGCUAUAAGAAACGCUAUAGUGGCGGAGGUGGAAGAUGGGAAUAUAAAUGGGAUUGUGGAGUUCGAUAGGGUUCGGAGAAGGAAGAGACCUGUUAAGUUUAGGGAGUUCUGGGGAGAGUGGAAAGAGGAAGGAGGUCAAUUUGGGGAAUGGGAACCGAUAAGGGCCUUGAAAAGGGGAUUCAGGGAGUUGGAGAAAAAGAGCGAGUCCGUGGAGAUUUUUGGGGGCUUCAAGAAUAAUGAGUUUGUGGAAAAAUUGAAAUCCAGCUUGAAAGCUAUCCGGGAUCCUCAAGAGUCAAAGGAAGUACCACCACUGGAUGUACCGGAACUGUUGGCAUAUUUUGUUCGGCAAUCUGGUCCAUUUUUGGAUCAGCUUGGGAUUAAAAGAGAUAUAUGUGACAAGGUAGUUGAAAGUUUGUGCAGUAAAAGCAAGAAUAAACUUUUACAGCGAUCUCUUGCUACAGGAGAAUCCUCUUUUCUUGAUAAUGAGAAUGUGAAUGAUGAAUUGGAUUUACGGAUAUCAAGUGUCCUUCAAAGUACAGGGCAUUGUUAUGAGGGUGGCCUUUGGCCAGAUUUAUCAAAGCAUAGCCCAUCAGAUGGGAAGAGGCAUGUAGCUAUUGUCACAACUGCUAGUCUUCCUUGGAUGACUGGCACAGCUGUAAAUCCACUUUUUCGAGCAGCAUAUUUAUCAAAAUCUGAAAAACAAAAGGUCACAUUGCUGGUUCCAUGGCUUUGCAAGUCAGAUCAAGAACUAGUUUAUCCCAAUAAUCUCACUUUUAGCUCACCAGAAGAGCAGGAGAAUUAUAUCCGGAACUGGCUUGAGGAUAGGAUUGGCUUUAAGGCUGAUUUCAAAAUAUCAUUUUAUCCAGGAAAGUUCUCAAAAGAACGGAGAAGCAUAAUUCCUGCUGGAGAUACUUCUCAGUUUAUUCCAUCAAAAGAUGCUGACAUUGCCAUCCUCGAAGAACCAGAGCAUUUGAAUUGGUACCACCAUGGUAAGAGAUGGACUGAUAGGUUCAACCAUGUAGUUGGUAUUGUCCAUACAAAUUACCUAGAAUACAUCAAGAGGGAGAGGAAUGGGGCUCUGCAAGCUUUCUUUGUCAAACACAUAAACAAUUUGGUUACCCGAGCAUAUUGUCACAAGGUUCUUCGUCUCUCUGCUGCUACCCAGGAUUUACCAAAGUCUGUGAUUUGCAAUGUUCAUGGUGUCAAUCCAAAGUUUUUGGAAAUUGGAGAAAAGAUUGCCGCAGAAAGGGAGGUUGGGCAGCAAGCAUUCUCAAAAGGAGCAUAUUUCUUAGGCAAGAUGGUCUGGGCCAAGGGAUACAGAGAGUUGAUAGAUUUGCUAGCAAAGCACAAAAAUGAACUUGACGGGUUCAAUUUGGAUGUGUUUGGCAAUGGGGAGGAUGCACAUGAGGUUCAGAUUGCAGCUAAAAGGUUGGAUUUGAAUGUCAAUUUUCUGAAAGGGAGAGAUCAUGCAGAUGAUUUUCUUCAUGGGUACAAAGUUUUCAUAAAUCCUAGUGUUAGUGAUGUGCUCUGCACAGCUACUGCAGAGGCACUUGCAAUGGGAAAAUUUGUUGUAUGUGCUGAUCACCCAUCAAAUGAGUUCUUCAUGUCAUUUCCAAAUUGUUUGACUUACAAGACUCCUGAGGACUUUGUUGCCAAAGUGAAGGAAGCAUUAGCAAAUGAUCCUCAACCUCUUACGUCUGAGCAAAGAUAUAAUCUCUCGUGGGAGGCGGCAACUCAGAGAUUUGUGCAAUAUUCUGAGCUGGACAAAGUCUUGAAUGAUGAUAUUGGUAGUUUGACCAAAACUAACGGAAAGAGCAUAGCAAAAGCAGUUCGAUUGCCUAACACAUCUGAGAUGGUUGAUGGAGCGUUGGCAUUUGCCCAUUAUUGUUUUACGGGGAAUGAGUUCCUUAGACUCUGUACUGGAGCAAUACCUGGGACGCGUGACUAUGAUAAGCAACAUUGUAAAGACUUGCAUCUCUUGCCUCCACAAGUGGAAAAUCCCAUCUAUGGCUGGUAAGCAGAUAUUGAUUGUCUACAUCAACAGCCAUGUGUAUAAUAAUCACACUGUAGUUAGAAGCUUUCUACGCUUGUUAGCUGGAAUGAUUUUUUUUUUUUUUUUUCAACUGAUGUAUUUAGCUUUGAUU